CCUUCUCUCCCUUCUCUCCAAUUCUGCUUGUAAUCUCUUUGUUCAUCUUCAUUGUUUCAUUAACAGCUAAACGAUUCCGGGCAUAAUUGUCAACGAGUAUAAAUAAUAAACGAUUAAUAAUAAUAUUUUUUGAGUGAAAAAAGAAACGAUAAUUCGUGAUUAAUAAAAAGUUUUGUGCAUAAAUUAUUAUUAUUAUCAAUAUGGACGAUCCUCUGCUUUCGGUUUCAGAGGAUUUCCUAUUAAGGAAUAUAAUUGGAUCAUUAUAUGUAAAUGAAUCAUCACCUGCUUCACCACAGGUUUUGGAAUUUUUGGAAGCACGUGAAAAAACAAGUCAUUUAGGUGCAAAGAAAAAUGAAAAACAAUCAUUGGAAGAAUUCUCUCAAGGAAAGCAGGCGCUGAAUAGAAAUGACAAUAAAAAAGCUCUGUCUCUGUUCAACAAGGCACUGGUCUCAGCACCUGGUUCUUCAAAACAUAUCGCAUCAUUUUACAAAGAACGUUCAAUAGCACUGCAAAAAUUGAAAGCAUAUUCGGAAUCAUUGCAAGACAUUGAGAGGGCUCUAAAAUUGACAGAAUCUCAAGAAGAAAAAAAUGAUUUGGAAAAAAGAAAAACAAUAAUUCACGCAUUGAAUUUAAAAGAUACUCUAAACAGAUUGUCCGUCACUCCCAAAGAUGUUGAUGAACAACAAGAAGAAAUAACAUACGGUGAGAGUAAAGAAUUAGUUGGAGUCUCUAGUGCACUCGCUUUAGAGUACAAUGCAAAAUUUGGACGACAUUAUGUUGCAACACAAAACAUUAACGUUGGCGAUGUUCUAAUGAUACAAAAACCAUAUGUACACGUACUAUUCCCAGAGUUUCUUUUGGGAUAUGCUCAAAUUGAAAAUUCAUGUUGUGACAAUUGUCUUACUUCAAUUUUAAAUCCAAUUCCCUGUGAAGAUUGCGUAGCCGUUAUUUAUUGUUCGGAGGAAUGUAAAUUAAUUGAUUUUAAAAAAAUGCACAAAAUUGAAUGUCAAGUUACUCGAAGAUUUCCAUCGAUGUCACGAGAUUUAGCUCUGAGAUCACUUAUCAAAGCGACCAAUAAGGGAAAUAAUUUAGAUGAGAUUUACAGCAAAAUGAGGAGAAUAGGAAAGUGUAAAGACAGAACAAGUGGUUUCAAUGACGGCAAAUUAGAUGGCAUGAAACCUGAAGCUUUACUCAGUUUAUCAAGCUACACGGAUAACUUGAAGGAUACACACUUGGUGAAUGCUGCUAUUGUUGCCGAUACUUUAAGAAAAGACACUGACUUCUUAAAAGGACGAGCGACUUAUGAUAAUACAGUUAAAAUAGCAUAUCUGUUUCUGCAAUUAAGCUACAUUUGCCAAAUGAAUAAUUACGGAAUACGAAAACAUAGUUUCACAAAUAGAAUUGCAUUGGCAAUGUACCCAGUAUUUAAUUAUUUAAAUAAUUCAUGCGCCAAUAAUGCAUUGUGGUACGAUAAUAAGAAUAAAAAAAUAUUGCGAGCUUGCAAAAACAUUAAAAAAGGAGAACAGGUUUGUGUAGCUUAUUUGACAAAUGAAGUGAUAGUACGCACAGCCGCUGAGAGAAAACAGUUUUUCAAUGAAUACAAAUUUUUCAAUUGUGAAUGCGAGGCAUGCAUAAUGAAUUAUAAUUUCAAGUGUGAAUUGAAAGGACGUUUAAAAAUUUCACCACAAUUAAAAAGGAAAUUAAGUAACAAGCCAAAUGAUACAAAAAGUCUUUGGGAACUAUUAAAAUUAGUUGUGAACGAAUAUCCUGGACCGUGUUUGGAAGGAAAACGAAUAGAAUUCGCACUUGUUAAUGCUCAUUUAGGAGCCAGUAAUGAGGAGGUUCCUAACACUUUAAGAAUGUUGAAACUUUUGUAAAAAAAGAAGAUUCUACAAAUCACUGCUAAGAAUUGAGGAAUUUAUUUUUAUUACCUUUUUUUAAUACCAUAAAUAUUACUAAAUGUGGAUAAUAAUUUUAAUACAUUAUAAUACAUUGUAAUAAUCUAACUAUUAGAUAUUAUUUAAACUAUUGCUCUUGAUAAAUAAUCACUAUUUAAUAAUGUAAAAAUGUUACAUUUGUUUUCUGUCGAGUUUAAACAUUAACAAUCUAUGAAGAAAAAAAAAUCAUACAUAACAAUUACUUUCAAGAAACAAGAAAGUUAAUUUAUAUUAUUUAAUCCAAAAAAGAUAGUGUACUUGAAGUGAUGUUUAAACGUCAAAAAAAAAUUCGUUCAACGAGAAACAAUGAAGCUUCAAAAGCAUUUACGAUUAUAUUUUGUUUUUACGUUCAGCUCUUCAAACAUGAGUACUUUAUUGUGUUUUAGUCUUUAAAACAUUAACUUAAGCACAUCAAAAAAUAUGUAUAAAAAUUCAACAAAUUUGUUUAAUAAAUAA